AUGGUUGCUGUCGCCGUUCAGCCUGCCUCGACAAACAUCGAAGCCACCUCGGACAAGAUCGACGCCGUCAAUGUCCUCAAGGCAAAUGCAAAGAAUGCUGCAAAGAGUCUCUACGACGAGUGCGAGUUUGACAAAGACAAGGACAAAACAACCUUCCGCCAAUUCAACGAUGCUUGUGACCGGGUCAAGAAUUUCUAUUCUCAGCAGCAUACCCUGCAGACGGUUGCUUUCAAUUUGAAGGCUCGUAACGACUUCCAUGCAAAGACCCGCGCACAUAUGUCUAUUUGGGAAGCAAUGGAGAAACUCAACACCUUCAUUGACGAAUGCGAUCCCGACACACAGGAGUCUCAGAUGACACACCUCCUCCAAUCUGCCGAAGCUAUUCGCAAAGAUGGCAAGCCCCGCUGGAUGCAGCUUGUCGGCUUGAUUCAUGAUCUUGGCAAGCUACUUUUCUUCUUUGAUGCUCAAGGCCAAUGGGAUGUUGUAGGAGACACAUUCCCCGUUGGCUGUGCAUUCGACGAUAAAAUUAUCUUCGGGAAUGAGUCUUUCAAGAAGAAUGAGGAUUUCCAGCAUCCAGUCUAUAGUACCAAGUUUGGCAUCUACUCUCCUGGCUGUGGACUGGAGAACGUCAUGCUGUCUUGGGGACACGAUGAAUACCUUUAUCACAUUGUCAAGGAUCAGUCGACAAUCCCAGAUGAAGGGCUCGCAAUGAUUCGGUACCACUCGUUCUAUCCCUGGCACCGCGAGGGUGCAUAUGAGGAGCUUAUGAACGAGCACGAUAAACUGAUGCUUGAGGCCGUGCGUGCUUUUAAUCCCUAUGAUCUGUACUCCAAGAGCGACGAAGUGCCAAACGUUGAAGAACUGAAGCCCUAUUACCUUGAACUCAUCGAUGAAUAUUUCCCAACCAAGCUUGUGAGAUGGUGA